AUGGACCAAUACAGCGAUCCUCAAGAAGGCCAGUUAACUCCCAUGGAUACGGACGACAGAACAGCAUUAUCGUGGAUUAGCUGGUUUUGCUCGAGUAAGAAGCAUCAGUACUACACAGAAGUCGAUGAAAAAUUUAUUGAAGAUCCUUUCAACCUCAUUGGAUUGAACCAGCAUAUUCCUCUAUACAAAGAAACGCUCGAGAUUAUUCUUGAUUUGGAGCCUGAUGAUGCCAUGUACAAUCGUGUACCCGACCUGAGUUUACUAGAGCCAGCAGCAGAGCUGCUAUACGGCCUCAUUCACCAAAGAUAUAUCCUAACAAAGAUGGGCAUGUUGCAAAUGUACGAGAAAUACGAACAAGGGGACUUUGGAAAAUGCCCUCGAGUCUUUUGCAACGAUUGCCAUCUAUUGCCUUGUGGGGAGCAUGAUAUACCAAAGCAGAGCUCAGUUCGCCUCUUUUGUCCGAAUUGCAAAGACAUCUAUAUACCACCCAACCCAAAAUAUCAAGACAUUGAUGGCUCGCAUUUUGGCACAACGUUUCCUCAUUUAUUUUUCCAAGCAUUUCCAGAAAGUAUCAAAGUGGUUGAACCGAAUAUAUACGUAGCAAAAUUAUUUGGAUUUCGCAUCAGUGACUUAUCAGCUGUUGGUCCUCGUAUGCAGUGGUUAAGAAUGACGAAAGAUAAGCCUGUAGCAAUUACAGCAGAAGGGGAGGAGGAUGAGGAUGCGGAAGACAUGAUGGCUUGA